CGCAUUUGAUGGGAAAGGGUAUCUCCACCAGCAGUGGGGUUGCGCCGGGCAGCUAUUGGUUUAAGACGGGAAGCUUACAUGUAGGUAGCGCCUUUUUACCAAUCCAAAGCAUUUUCCAAUUGCUGGAAAGUAGGAAAGGUUUGUUCAAACCCGGGAAUUUCAGGACAUCGGAAUAACUUCGACAACACUGCCCUCAUUGUGCCGCCAAGAGAAGUAUUAGAGGGUUAAGGGGAGAUCGCCCCUGCAUAUCAGGAGCCCAUUUCUGAGGACAAUUCAUGAGAAGUCGAUGUAAACGUUUUGGUGCUCCGGCAGAUUGUGAGCAUUGUCAAACUGGGCAUUUUACGGACACCUGGAAUAUACACUUUCGCUGUGCUCCAUGUACAGGUUGUUCUGAAGAACAUGGUUUUCAAAUUGAACAUAAAUGCAGCAGCACAGCCAAUACCAAAUGCACCUGUCGGCCAGGUUACUCUUCAGAUGGGAAUGGAAAAUGUUUCAAGAUAUGUGACAAAGGAGAGCAAUUAAAACCAGGUGACAUCUCUACUUGUGAACCAUGUCCAGAAGGAUCUUAUUCAGACGAAAGAGGAACCAAAUCAUGCAAACCUUGGACAAGGUGCAAUGAGACAUUUCAGCACGGAUCAGCAAAGAAGGAUUCAGUAUGUGGUUCAUUUGAGUCUAAUCCAACCACCACCAGCAAAGAGAGGCUCUCUACCCCUGAGACCACAGAGAGUAUGACAUUGCUAAAAAUGACAACAGUUGUUUCAACGACAGCAGAUAAUUCAGUAACAUUGCCAAAGCAAGUCAACUUAUUUUUCAUAUUUGUCCUCAUGGUGGUGGUGGUGCUGUUAGUCGGUUUGGUGCUUGUACGAUAUAUGCCCUGUAGGGAGCAAAAUCAAGGUUUCCACUGCUGUUUUGGACCCAGAAUCUAUACAAAAUCUCCAGUUCCUGUCCAGGAAGAAUUCAAUGAUUUCACAUCAGUGCAAGUGAAAAACUGAUGGGUUUUCAGUGUAGACAAUCCUCGACUAAUUUUCAGGCUCACAAGUAAAUACACUUGCCUGAAUUGAAAUGUACACAUGAAGAAACUGGUUCAACAAUCUCUCAGGGAUAAUAUGUUCUAUCACUUUUCAUCUGACCUCAUUAGGAAUAAGGAUUAUACAUUGAACUUCUCAGACUGUAAAGAGCCUAUAUAUUCGCUUAACUUUUGUUUCUUAUUUUAAUAGAUUGAAAACUAUUUCAAUCCUUUAUAUGUUGCUUAUUUUUGGUAAGUAGAAUAAAAACCAAUAAGUACCUCAUUCUGAAAAAAAGAGAGAAAUAAUUGUGCAAAAAUGAGAGGCACAGAUAGAGUAGACAGGGAGUUUCUGUUUCCCAGGUUGAAAUGUCUAAUACCAGAGGGCAUACAUUGAAGGUGAGAGGGGGUAAGUUCAAAGGGGAUGUGAGGGGUAAGUUUUUUUUUACUUGAGUGGUGGAUGCCUGGAAUGCACUGCCUGGUAUGGAGGUGGAGGCAAGCACAUUAGAGGCUUUUAAGAGACGUUUAGGGAGAUGCAUAGGUGUAAGGAAGAUAGAGGAAUAUGGACAUGGUGUUGGUAGGAGGGAUUAGUACUUAGGUGUUUGUGAUUUGCUUUUUAGCUGGUUUGGUGCAACAUUGUGGGCCAAGGGGCUUCUUCCUGUGCUGUACUGUUCUAUGUUCUAUGUUAAAUUUUAUGAGCUUUCCUUGAGUGAAUGGAUCAUCAUUAUCUUGUUGUAUGACAGAGAAUUCUGAUACACAUUGAAGACUGAACAAUGGCUUGUUUUAUUUAUAAUAAUUUCCUUUUUUCAAGAUGUUAUGUCAGUAUUUACUGUCAGUUACUAACUUGUUAAGGUAAGCCAAACUCUUGAACUAGUGUAGUCUUUCUGAUGAAGGAAUUCCCAAAAUGUUGGGAACUAAGUUUAAGAAUUUAGACUCAAGCGCUGAAGGAGCAGCAAUAGAUUUGCAGUUUGGUAUGCUCUGCAAUUUGCAGUGGAAACCUCAGGCAGGUCCUCCAUGGUACCAGAGGUCACGGGAGUAAGAGUUUUGGGCCAAGGAACCUCAAUGCAUUUUGCAGAUAGCACACAAUGCGGUUAUGCCUUCCUGAAGGUGAAAGGUUUGAAUGUUUAUAGCGGAAAAUGUGUUGCCAAUCAGUCAGGCUACGUUGUUGUGUAUGUAUCAAAUUUCCUGAGUCUUGCACUCAUCCAGGGAAGCCAAGAGUAUUCCAUCAUACUCCAGCCAUGUGCCUCGUAGAUAGUGAAAGGGCUUUGGGGUGUUGGGCAAAUCAUCAGCAUUUAUAGAUACAGUAUUAUACAGAUGGCCUCAUUAAGAGUAACAAGCAGAAUGUUGACAGUGGGCCUCGGUGAUGAUACUGGCACUGAACAUCAGGAAAUGAUAUCCCGCCACUUUGAGUGUGAGUGUUAUCUGGCCACGCCUGAAUGUUAUCAAGGACUUGUUAAAAGUGUGGUUGUGAAUGGGAUUGAACAUUGUUUGCUGAUGGUUCCACAAUGCUACUUCUGGUAAUGGAAAGAAAGUCAUUGGAAAAACAGUUGAAGGUCAUUAGGCCAAACAUAAUGCCCAAAGAAACUUCUGCAGUGAUGUCGUAGUGCUGGGAUGAUUGAAAACCAUCCUCCUUUGUUUAAUUAUUGGAGUGUUUUCUCUGAUAUCCAUUGACUUUAGUUUCUUCUGGGUCCCUUUAAUACCACACAUAGAUGCUACCUUUAUGUCAAGGGCAAUCACUUGCAUUUCACAAUAUAGUUCUGUGAACUAAGGCUGUAGUGAGCCCUAGAGUGGAGUGGACUGGUAUAACCCACACUGGGUUUGAGGAGAUAUUGUAACAGAAGGGGAUAGAUGUUGCCACCUUCCAAUACUUUCUGUUAAUUGGGAGUUAAUUUGUGGUUUGUAAUCUAGCUGGACUGGAUUUGUUCAGUGUUUUUCUUAAUAUGAUCUCCAGUGCCUGGGUAAUUACAAUGUUGGUAGGAGCCAGUGUUGUAACUGUAAGUGUUGUAAACCAGCUUGGUUUGAGUUAAAGCAGCUAAUUCUGGAGCUUAUCUUUGCUGCGUCCAAUAUUUCAUUUCCUUAUGUCACAAGGUGAUUUGAAUUUCUGAAUUCUUGCUUCUGUGAAGCUGUAAUGGACCUUUAAUGCUCACUUGUUUUUGCUGAGGAUAGAUACUUUUGGAAUGUCCUUCUCUUUUUAUCUAAUUGUCAAUCACCAUUCAUGGCUAGAUGUGGCAUUGUACAGCCAUGGUCAAUUGAGGAAUUACUCAGUUGUGUCUUGUUCAUGCCAUGCGUAGUCUCACCAACAGGCAGCUCAGUUUCUUUGCUCAGCUGGUACUGAUCCCAGAAUGCGCUUGGCAUUCCUCGUUGUUAGUAACAUUACGAGAUUGUGGUUUCUACAUUUCUGCUGCUGAUGGUCCUACAUGAUGAUUCCUACUUUUGAACUGCCAGCUUUGUUCCGAGUCAAUCUCGUUUAGCAUGAUUGUGUUGUCACAUAUCACAAUGCAUAUGUGUCAAUGCGAUCCACAAGGAUUAGCACUUCUAUCAAUAACUAGUCAGUGAGGAAAAGGUCAGAGUAGAAUUUUGCCCUCCACUGCAUUUUGCCACAAAUAUACCCUGGCAGCUUUGUUCUUCAGCUCUCAGUGAUAGCCCCACCUAGAGAACAUAUUGUGUCCUUGCUGAUUUCACUGUUUCUUCCAAUUGUUGCUCAUUGUUAAUUAUUUGCUGAGUAAGGAUGGAGAUAAGAGGGGAUUCCUUACACAUGGCUGACCUAGAAUAUGAAAGCCAGGAUGUAAUGUUGAAGCUUUUUAAAGCACUGGUGAGGUUUCACUUGCAGUGUUGUAAGCAGUUUUAGGCCUCUUGUCUUAGAAAGGAUGUGCCCUGCAGAGGGCUCAAAGGAAGUUUACAGAAAUGCUUUCAUGAUUGAUGAGUUUUGUCCUAUAAAGAAUGUUUGUUGGCUCUGGGACUGUAUUCACUAGAAUUCAGAAGAAUGAGGGGGUGACCUCAUUGAAACCUAUCGAAUAUUGAAAGGCCUUGAUAGAGUGGAUAUGAAGAGGAUGUUUCCUAUGCUGGAAGAGUCUAAUAACAGAGGGCACAGCCUCAGACUAGAGGAUCGUGCUUUUAGAACAGAGAUGUGGACCAGACUCAAUGGGCCAAAUGGCCCAAUUCUGCUCCUUUGUCUUAUGGUCUUAUGUCACGGGGUGCGGAAUCAAUUUGAGGACUCCGAUUUAAACCACUGUGCUAUUGCUUUUGGUGAACCUGAACAUACCUGUGAUGGAGAAACCUGGGAUGUUAUCUGUAAGAUACAAUCAUAUCAGAUUGCUUGACCGGUCUGUAUGAGCUCUCCCAAUUAAGAUGUAAAUUAUCCGAUGUUUGUGAGGUUGUUUUGAUCUAUAUUCAACCCUGUCACAUCUGAACAAGAUGCCCCAGUGAUAAUGGGUGAUCCAAGCAGUCUCUGUGUCAGUAUAUCUGCUGUCAUUCAAUGUUAAAAUUAUAAUGCAUGCUGAAAGUGUGGGAAUAUUAUCCACCAUUCCUUUUGUCUUCUCGAGUCAAUGAGAUGAAGCUGUGGUUUUUAAAACAUCCGUACACCUUUAAUCUGUAACUGAAGGCCUUAGUACCAGAAUAUGCUUCCUUUGACUGCAAAUAUCAUGGAAAUCUGCAGCAUGUUAACGAAGAUUUACUUUGAAAAAGUAACAAAGUACAGAAGGUUCCAGUAAGCAAAUCCAAAGGGCUUUCAGCCCUUGGGCCCUGAAAUCAUAGAAUAAUCACUGGAUUUGUAACCUAGGGGCCCAGACUAAAGAUCUGGAGAUGUGAGCUGGGGAAUUCAAACUGAUAAAAUAUGGAAUUAAAAAGCUGUCAUCAAUGAUAGUGACAAGAAAAACUGGAGUGUCUGAAUUCUUUUGGGAAAAAAAAGUCUUGCUUACUUUCUUUCAUUGUGUCUGAUUUUUGUGAUUCAACAGAUGUACAUCACUUGCUGCUUGACUUUGCAGUGGCUUCAUUAGCCAUCCAUUUUCACCAAGCUUAAAGGCCACAUCUUCACAUCAUCACAAAAUAUCAAUCUUCUCUUGAUAUAUUUACAAACAUGUAUGGGUAGGGUGAGUAUAAUUGUCAGUCAACUGCAAAGUUUCUGGCUGGAAAUGUGUUACUGAUCAAAAUGAAGGGAGAUUUCCAUGUCUUGACCAGUCUGAAAGCCUUCAAUGUUGGCACUAUGUGACCAUAUUGAAAAAAUAGUACAUUUCCUUGUGCCACCUUCUG